AUGGACAGCGGCACAGAGAUGCUAACGCCAGGGGAGGACGGAGGGAUGUGGAAGGAGAGGAAGAAGCAAAGGAGGAAACAUAAAGCCAAGAGGGGUGGAAUGUUGACACUGAAGCGGUCAGGCACAAGGCGACGCUACCAGGAUGACGACAUCUCCGACGAUGAGAUCGAGGGGAAAAGGACCUUUGACCUGGAGGAGAAGCUGCACAGCAACCGGUUCAGUUCCGACCGGGUCAAAAGGAUGGAGGGGAAAGACUUCACGUACGAAUACAUCCAGAGAGGGGGCCUUAGAGACCCUCUGAUAUUUGAGAGGCCAGAUGGACUGGGAAUCAAAAUGCCAGAUCCAGACUUCAGUGUGAAUGACGUCAAGACGUUUGUAGGCAGUCGGCGGGUGAUUGACGUGAUGGAUGUGACCACUCAGAAAGGGAUCGAGAUGUCCAUGGCCCAGUGGAGACGGUACUACGAGACUCCGCCCUCCCAGAGAGAAAAGCUCUACAACGUCAUCAGUCUGGAGUUUAGUCACACUAAACUAGAGAACCUGGUCAAGAGGCCGGCCUCGGUGGACAUGAUUGACUGGGUGGAUAACAUGUGGCCGAGGCAUCUGAAGGAGCGCCAGAGAGACUCCACCAACGCCAUCAUCGACAUGCAGUACCCCAAAGUGCAGAAGUACUGUUUGAUGAGUGUACAGGGCUGUUACACAGAUUUCCACAUAGACUUUGGAGGCACUUCGGUCUGGUAUCACAUACUGCGUGGAGGGAAGGUCUUCUGGUUGAUCCCGCCCACGCCUCAGAACCUGGAGCUCUAUGAGAACUGGGUGUUGUCGGGGAAACAGGGCGACAUCUUCCUCGGAGACAAGGCCAUGGACUGUCAGAGAAUCGAACUCAAGCAGGGGUACACGUUCAUCAUCCCCUCAGGCUGGAUCCAUGCGGUAUACACUCCAGUCGACACUCUGGUGUUUGGUGGGAAUUUCCUUCACAGUUUUAACAUCCCUAUGCAGUUAAACAUUUACAGCAUUGAGGACCGCACACGGGUCCCAGCGAAGUUCCGCUAUCCCUUUUACUACGAGAUGUGUUGGUAUGUUUUGGAGCGGUACCUGUACAGCCUGACCAACACUUCAUACCUGACACCGGAAUUUCAGAAGUACUCUCUGGGCAUUGGCCUGAAGAGAGACACCUCCAGCGAGGUGCUGAACGGCCACACCAAGGAGGAGGAGAAGGAGGAAGACGACCCGCCCUCCCCCCCGCCCUGUCCGGGGGGUAAAGUUCACCUGACUCCGUUUGAACUGGAGGGGCUGUGGAGCCUGCUGGGUAAACUGGAGUCUCUGCCCACCCAUAAGAAGUGUGUUCCCACCGGCAUCCACAAUGCUGCUGCACUACUGCAUGACAUCCGGGCAUUACUAAAGGAACAUGCCAACGACAGCCCCAAACUGUCCUACACUGGAAAACCCAUCGUCAAAUGGCCAAAGAGACCCUCCUGGUAUCAGCCUCCUCCGCCCCCUCCCCCCGUGGGUCGUCCUAAGUUGUGCUCGACGGUCGUGAGCGCGCGGCCGACCAAGCCGGCGUCCUCCAUGUCGGUGCUGCGGAGACGGCGCGUUCGCUGUAAGCGCUGUGAAGCCUGUCUCAGGACCGAGUGCGGAGACUGCAACUUCUGCAGGGACAUGAAGAAGUUCGGCGGGCCCGGCAAACUCAAACAGACCUGUGUGCUUAGACAGUGCCUUGCUCCUGGGCUGCCGUUGUCUGCGGUGUGUGAGGUGUGUGGAGAGGGGAAUCAGGAGGCUGGAGAAGACCCUGUCUUCUCACUCACACUCAUGGAGUGUUCCAACUGUGCUCAGAUCGCUCACCCCGGCUGUCUGAAGGUGCCAGGGGAGGGAGUGGUGAAUAAGGACUUGCCGAGCUGUUGGGAGUGUCCAAAGUGUGUUCAGGGCAAAGACACAGACUCAGAGUCAUGGGGCAGUGGUGAUGACAUGGCCGUGUGCGGAGGCCCCCUCCCCCCUGGCUGGGAAGGGGCGGGGGGUAUGAGGGGCGAGGGCGGGGCGUGGCACGGGGUCGGGCGGCCGCCUUCCUCUCUUUCCCAGGGGUCGCUACGGAAACGGGCGGCGGCCCCAGAGCAGCGGCUCAGGAAGAGGAUGAAACUGGAGGGAGGGAAGAUCCAUAAACGCAAGUCUUCCUCUCUGGAUCCCCGAGUGGCGAAAAUCUAUCGGCGCCACGGGAUGGAGCGAGAAGAGGAAGACUCUUGCAGCGACGAAGAUGAGGACGGAGACGGCAGUCAGCAGGGCAGGAGGAAGAUGUCCCUCCACGUCAGGGGCGGGGCGUCCUCGUCUCGCCGUGGUUACGGGUCUGGAAGGCGGGGCGUGUGGCGAGGGUCCUCCCACCGCGGGGGCAGAGGAGGAAGCGGCCUGACGACGAACCCCGCCCUGAAGAUGAGGCGAGGCCUCGGGGCGAGAGGGGAACGCGGCGGGCGCGUCCGGUUAAGGGGCGGGUCCAGAAUGCAGCGCCGCAGAUACGAGGAUGACGACGAUGAUGACGAUGACGACGAGGAUGACGAGGACGAUUAUGAAGACGAGGACGAGGAAGAGGACGAGGACGAGAGCGACGAAGAGCGACGCACGGGCAGGAUGGAGAAGGAACACCGGCAUCGCCGACGGAGGAGGCGAACCGACGAGGAUGAGGAUGACGAGGACGAGGACGACGAGGAUGAUGAAGAUGACGACAGCGAAGAGCGAGACCUUGACGCUGAAGACGAAGACAUGGAGGACUUGGACGACGGGGGCGAGGAUGAGGAGGAUGAUGAGGAAGGGGAAAACCAGACAGACUCUGAACCGGACCCUCCUGUCUUGCUAGUGUCAGACUUAAACGAUGACCUUCUCAACGGCUCCUAUCUCACAGUGACACUACAGCGCCCCCCCAAGGCCAAACGGGACCCCGGCUCCAUUGUACCCAAACUAGAGGCAGCUAUGAGCCCGAGAACUCCUGGUGCCCCUGGCUACGUCCAGCGGAAAACCCUCCACAAAACCCGGCAUAAAAACGGCGGCAUGGUCGCCGCCGGCAACGGCCUGUCCCAGACCAAAGGUCCCGGGGGCGCGGGGCGUCACCACCGCCACAGAAACUCGGGGGGGAUGAUGUCAUCGAAGCUGGACGGGGAGAGGGACACCGCGUCGCCCUCGUCCUCCAGCUCCUCCCGGUCGUCCGUCUCCCCCACGCCUCCUCCCCCCAUCACCUCCUCCUCUCCUCCGUCACUCCUCUCUCAUCCCUCCUUUAAGGAUGUGGGUAACGAGCCAGGCUGUGAGAAGGAGGUGUGGAUGUCCGUGUUUCGGUACCUGAACCGGACGGAUCUGGCCGUGUGCAUGCGGGUCUGCAAGGCCUGGUAUAAAUGGUCUUGUGAUAAGCGGUUAUGGACUCAUAUGGACGUCAGUCGCUGUCGCUCUCUCAGUGCCCAGGCCAUGUCAGCCAUCAUCAAACGCCAGCCUGUUGCUCUUGACCUCUCCUGGACGCCUGUCUCCAAAAAACAGCUCAGCUGGAUCAUUCACCACGUGCCAGGGUUGAAGGAUCUGAUACUGACAGGUUGUUCGUGGUCGUGUGUGUCUGCGCUCAGCACCUCCACCUGUCCAUGUCUGCGCACGCUCGACCUGUGCUGGGCCGAGGGAGUAGGAGACAGACAAAUCAGAGACCUGGUCACACCGCCAGGCAGUGAUAACCGUAGCCGUCUGAGGGGGAUGCUUUGUCUGCGUUUGGCUGGGUUGGACAUCAGUGACUCUACUCUGAGGUUGCUGAUCAGACACAUGCCUUUGCUGAGGAGGCUGGACCUGUCCCACUGCCGCGGCCUCACGGACCAGUCCGUCAACCUCCUCACGGCCACCGGCUCCCCCACACGCAACACGCUCACCCACGUCAGCCUGGCAGGCUGUAAUAAGCUGACAGAUGCCUGUCUGUCCUACAUGAAACGGGUGUCAGGUUUGACCCUGCUGGACUUGAGAGGUUGUAAAGGCGUAACGAGAGGCGCCUGCGAAAACUUUAUCUCCGACCUCUCCUACUGCACCUUCUUCUGCCUCACUGAGGAGAAACUCAUCCAGAGAAUAUCUUAACCAGCUCACACACACACGCGCUCUCUCUCUCUCUCUCUCUCUCUGUCUUACACACACACCCCUCUCCUGGUGAGCUCUCCCGAAGCUCUCCACCGAAAACGGGCCGCGACGGCUCGGAUGGGAGGAUGAGGUGGAGAAAUAGAAGAUGGGUAGCCGUAGAGGUGGAUGCAUCAGUGCGCAGCCCUGUGAAAAGGAGAGAUGGUAAUAGAGAGUGAGACUCUCUGGGAACGAAUGAAAGAACAUAGGGCGAAAGAGGAGGAGGACCCUGUAAUCCACUAGGGGGCGACAGCUUGUUUUACUGAAAUCUGUAGGGGUUUUGCCCUCUGUGGGUGUAUCUGUGUGUGUGUGUGUGUGUGUAUGUGUGCUAGUGUGAGGCCAGAGUGAC